AUGACGUCUGAGGCUCAAGUGGCACACUCAUCUCCGCGGCCACCCUACAGGCCUUCCAAGCUGGACACUAGGUCGGAGAGCCGCUUCCUCCAGCUGGGCCGGCAGGCCGGGGACACUCGGCCUCAGCGAGCCUCCGCCUUGUCACCUGCGGGGCGGGAUGAUGGCUGGACAUCCCACAGAACUACCGGAGAGGAGAGCGAGGGGAGAGAAGGCGAGAGAAGGGCCCGGAGGCAGGCGAGCGGCAGGAAGUCCUCGGGCGCGCGACACCUGUACACCUGCUGCGGAGCACCUGGGCCCCCCGCAGCGCCGGCCUCGGCUCCUGCUCCUGCGUCCUGGACCCGCGGCCACACGGACCACGACGCGGAGGCGCCGGAGAUGCGGGUGCGGAGCGCGUCGGGGCAGGACGGGACCAGGAUCCUGCAGCAGAGCCGGGCCUCGGCGGGCGGCCCCGGGGCGGGGGGCGGGGGGGGCUCCUCGGAGCGCUCGCCCCCCCCCCCCGCCGCCCCUGAGCACUUUCCCACCCGAGGGCGGGUCCCGGGGCGCGUCCCCUUCGGCCCUGGGUCCCGGGAGCAGGCGGCUCACAGCUGCACACGCGCGUCCUGCUGCCCCGAGACAGGACUAAGAGGAGGAGAAGCCCCUGCACCCCCCCCGCCCCCCGGGACGUGGGGCCGCGAGGUCCUCGCCGCCGCGGCUCGGGGACCUGAAGCCUCGGGACCGCCCCCCCACCCCGAGGCCGCCCGGCUCUCGGGCGCCACCUAG